UGUGUAUUUAUUGUAGUUCCAACGAAAACAAAUUCUUAUCAAUAAAUUUAAGUAGCUUUAAUCAUAGUUCCGAUUAGGUUAAUGAUGUGAUACCGACACGAGAGUUCGAUUCCAACUCCAAAAUGAGCAACGGCGACGACAGCCAAAAUAACCAGAAUCAGGGCGCCGAUGGGGGGGAGCGCUCUGUGGAUUCAACAAAGGAAAAACGAAGUUGGUUUCAUUCCCUGACCAGGCGCAAAAAGUCGGACUCAGCAUUGGUCGCUUCGCCAACUUCCAGCGACGCUGUGGCCCACUCAUCUACUCAGAUGCAGAAUAACAACAACGAAGUGUGUGUCUCAAAUGCAGCUGGCAGCUCCAGUGGGGAUGCAUCCAUGGUCAUUGGCAGCGCCAGCAGCCACAGCAACGGGGGGACGCUACGCAAACGCAAGGAUAAACGAAAUGUGUUCUCACGUCUACGAAGGAAGGUGGGUCAGGGCUUUAGCUCGCUGCGAAACUGGAACUCAAUGGGCGACUCCGACUGUGACGGAGGCACCACCGACGCCACCUACGAGUUCCUUACACCGUCAAUUUUCGUUGAGCCCACAUUGCCAUUCACACACGACUAUUUGCGCUUCAUCCAGAAGAAAUGGCUGGAGCGACUGGACACCCCGAACGAGGUCAUGUACAAGGCCUGUCUGGAGAUGCUCAAUCAAGUUUGGUACUGGGGCGAGAUUUCGAGGCGAGAUGCGCAGCGCCAGCUCAGUGACAAGCCGACCGGAUCGUUUCUGGUGCGCGACUCCGAGACCAGCGGAUCCCAGUUCACGCUGAGCUUUCGCAUUGUCAACGUAACGCUGCAUUACCGCCUCGAGUAUAAGGAGGAGUUCUGGAACUUUGAGGAGCUCAAGUACGAGUCGAUUGUGGAGAUGAUCGAGGACAUUUUGCAUCGUUGCACCAACGAUAACUUUGUGUGCUUCGUGAAGGUGCCCAAUGAAAUGCAGCCGCCCUUUCCGGUGAUCCUAAAGUACCCACUCAGUCGAUACUCGAACAUGCCCAAGCUGCAAGACCUGUGUCGGCGUGUCCUCCAGCGGCAAAUGAGCUCCGAACAGCUGGCCAAGCUGCCAGUGCCAGUGAAAAUGCGCGAAUACUUGUCCGUUGAGCGCGAGUUGGUCUUUCAAAGCUAAGUACAGAUGCAGCGCAGAGCAUCUGCUGGUUAUAGCUUUAAACACGGAAGUUAAACGAAGGCAAACCAAAGAGGGUGACGAGACAGUUAAUGAUAUUUAUUGGGCAAAUGCAAGGCAAAUGCAAAUGCAAAUGCAGAUUCAAUGUUGGCCAUAUGUAUGUUUUUUUGAUGCAUUUCUCUUUGCUCCAAAGUUACUAAGCGCACCGAAUUCUUUAACGAAACGAUUGUGGUGUGAAUGCUUUUACUGUAUUUGAUAUACAUAAUUAUAAGUACACCUCGCUCCCUCCCCCAACAAUCGUGUCUAGGAUACGAGCGUACCUAUAUGUUAUUGGCCGAAAAGCCGCACUAGAUUGAUUGGUCAAAUGUGUACUAUUCUGUACAACAGCAAAACAGCUACCUAAUAUUACGAAAUUCAAGCCACUAAACGUGAAGUGAAUGUAUUAACCUUAGCCUUAAGCCAGACUCAGAUAACUCAGAUGUAUUAUUGUACGUACAAGUAUUCGCAUUUUUUGAUUCCUAGCAUCCGACACAAAGAAAUCUUUUUGCUAAUCUAGAUAUGGUUGCACCGAUCGGUAUUUAGGCAGCUUGGCUUGAAACUGCAUCCAAUCUGUUUAUAGCCAAUUACAAUUACUCUUGUUACACUGUGUAUGUAUUUUAUUUAAAACUAUAAAAAUAUAUCGAUCGAAUAACACUCA